GUGAAUUUGUGAGGAAUCACAAAACCAGCUGCAACGUGAAUGUACGGGUGAGUUACGCCGCAAUAAUUAUGUGCACUGUCGAGUCCCCGGCUAUGGCGGUCCCUCCCUUACGCCAUCCGUUCGCUCUCCGCCCUCGAGCUCUUCUCCGCUUCAGAAUCCCCCGCAAGCGUUUCUCAUUUUCUCUAUGUUUCUGCGUUUCAUCCUCCUUCUCGGCAGUCCCAAUUUAUUUCGAUCCUUGUUCCUCACCGGAAGUGUUAGCUCCGCCUCUGUCUAACCCGGGCAUCCCCAUCUCUGCCACCAAAUGGGAACCCUUCUUAAAGAAGAAAGUUGUUAUGCGGGUCGGAUACAUAGGCUCCGAUUAUCGAGGACUUCAAAAGCAAAGGGAUGAACAUGCGUUCUCUACCAUUGAAGGUGAACUGGAAAAGGCUAUUUUCAAGGCAGGCGGUAUUAAAGAUAGUAAUUUUGGGAAUUUGUACAAAAUUGGCUGGGCAAGAAGUAGCCGGACUGAUAAAGGAGUGCAUUCUUUGUCUACUAUCAUAUCCUUGAAAAUGGAAAUCCCUGAGACGGCAUGGAAGAAUGACCCUAGUGGCAUGGGUCUUGCAACUAUAGUUGAUUCUCAUCUCCCAGAGAGCAUCAGAGUGUUCAGCAUCCUCCCAUUACAAAGGUCAAACCGGGAAGUUGUUUCGGGGACGGAGAUAGUUUGUCAUCAUCAUCAUUACCCCGUGCCGCUAAGGCUCCCACCUAGGUGGGGUAAGGGCCUAAGGGGGGUCGGAUGUGCGCAGUCUUACUUUUUUUGUGCACCAAAAUAUAACCCUAAGUUUUAAUUUCUAAUGUUCAAUAAUUGCAGCUACAUCGUACUUUAUUAUCAUUAGGUAUAAGUGUGGGCUUUCACUGACCAAAUUUAGUAAGAUUUCAAAGAAUGACUGAAAAAGCAUAAACCUGCAUUUGUAGUCAACUGUUUAUAACUUAAAGCUUCAUUAUGCUGCAUCACAGGAAAUACUAGGACUGAUAAUUGGAAGGUAAAAAUUGAGAAAAGUCAAGGGAGAAAACCAAAGAACAUUUGAUGCUAGAAAGGAGUGUAAUGUCAGGCGGUAUUCUUACCUCCUCCCUGCUGAAAUCAUUGGGAUAAAGAAUGACUCAGAUUCAUCUGAAGUUGACUAUCACUUAUCAGAUUUUAACAAUAUACUAAAAACCUUCGAGGGAGAACAUCCAUUCCACAACUAUACAAUGAGAUCCAAGUACAGGAAACAGUUUCCUACCAGAAACAAAACAAAGGAUAAAAUAGGAAAAACAUGUGCAGAAGAAGAGGAGGAGGAGGGUUUAUCUGAAUCCGAGGACAUUGAUGGGAACAAAUUAUAUGCAGCAAUGAACAGUGUGAGGACCUCUCAGGAAAGGAUUCAAGAUACUCCACCAGGGUCUCGGGAUUGUGAAAUGGAUGAUCUAGAGGAAUGUAAUCCUGUAUUAACAACCCGUGCAAAAUGGCUUUAUGAACCUGAUGAGAGGGAUAAACUCAGUUCUUCCCAUUUCAGAAGGAUAUUUCAUUGUCAUUGUGGGAAUUUGGAGCAGGUUCUUGGUAUGAACUAUAUGGAGAUUUUUGUCUGUGGAGAAUCAUUCAUGUUACACCAGAUAAGGAAAAUGGUAGCAACAGCAAUUGCAAUAAAGCGGAAGUUGCUACCCCGUGAUGUUCUGAGAUUAUCUCUUUGCAAACACUCGCGGAUCGUCCUUCCCCUUGCUCCAUCUGAAGUUUUGAUUUUGAAGGGUAAUGGCUUUGCUUCAAGAACGGUGCCGGGCAACAAAGCAAGAGCUGAGUUGAUUACACUGUUAGAGUCUGAAGAUAUUGUCAAAGCUGUGAAUGAAUUUUACCAUUCCACAAUGUUGCCCCAAUUGUCUGGAUUUUUGGAUCCUUUGGGGUCUCCAUGGAGGGAAUGGGCUGAGAGACUGGAUGCAAACACAAAAAUACCAGAGUGCCAAUUGGAAGAAGUUAGGGCUGCAUGGAAACAAUGGAUGGAAAGCAGAACAUAGUCUAACUUAUAAGUUUUGCUUGAUGAAUUACCUAAGCGUGUACUUGCUUUUUUCUAAAUAAAAAGCUUAUUCAAAUGAGAAAUUUAUUUAAUUUUCUAGACUAUAUCGUGCACAGCAUUAAUAUAUACUACGUAGCUAUUUA